UUAUCAUAGGUUGCUUUCACAUUCAUGGAUUGUGCCGCAUUGCAUUUGCCAUCAGAGAUGGCCGCCGCUUCCUGUCCAUGGGUAGGCGCUGGGACGAGCAGAUAGAUGCCUUGCGCCUAUAAAAGAGGAGGCCCCACCACUCUCUCGUCCUCUCCACAUCAAUCAUCUGUUCAACAAUCAUCAGCCUCAUCAUGCACGCCAUCCUCUCUGUUGUUGGAGUGGCCCUCGCGGCCUUCCCUCUCGUCGUCGCGGCUCCAUCAGCUCCUGCUGCAAAACGUGAAGUUGAAUGGGAGCGACGUUCUUUCCGUCUCGGACCUCAGCACACGAAUUGUUGCAUCGAUGCCGGACCGACUUGGUACCCACCGCUUUUCUGCGACUGUAACGGGACCGACAACCAGUUUUUCGGCACUCCCGGCGCUGGCAACGAGGGUCUCAUCUCCAGCCUGAGGAGCGACCAAUGCUUGGAAGCCGAUAGCCGCAGUGCAGGCAAGAUGCUCAGAUUCCAAGAUUGCGACUCUACUACGUCGUCCUGGAAGUUCGGGGGCGGAGGUAACACCAAAAUUCGCCUCAUGGGUGCCACCGGGGGUACCGAGCUUUGCGUCUCAUCGGGUGGAACAGACAAGCCCUUAAUCCUUGCCGACUGCGGUGGGGCCUCCGUGUGGAAUAUGUAGAAUGUAGUUUUGUACUCGGGGCAAGCGUCCAACCGCUCAAAUCUAGAAUCCGCUCAGAAGGAUAGACUCGCCGGCACACAAUAUGCCGUAGCAGGAAGGAAAAAGAAGC